AUAAAGUUCAAAAUUCUUAAUUCCCAAGGGCUACGAAAAGUUCCCACCGCCUCAGGGUCCGAGACUAUUUAUACACGGCGGCACGGCAACUCCGCCAUAAAUCAAAACUCUAAAUCGCCACAAAUCUCCUAUAAAUAUCUCCAAGAUUUAAUCUUCCCUGAUCUAUUUGGUCCCGGAUUCUGAGAUCUUGAACCGUUUCUUGCUUCUUUGAUAUAUGAAUUUUUUUUGAAAAUUUUUGUAUACAGAGUUGUUUGUAGUUAUUUGUCUUUCGAUUUGUCUUUCGAUUUCUCGCUGAUCCGAUCGCUUAAUUCGUAAGUUUGUAGGAGCGAUGUCGACGGAUCAGUUUGAAUUCGAAGACCAAAUCUCGAUGACUAUUGAUAAUGACGAAGAAAUUUUGGAUUCCGGGUCCGAUUGCGGCGAUUCGAACGCCGCCGUAUCGGAUCGGUUUGGUGUUUUCACCCGGAGCGGGAUGAUACGGGUGGAUGACGAGAGUUUAGAGCACGAGAUCAUCAAGAAGAGCUUUGUUUCGGGCAUGGGAUUGGCCGGGAGGGACACGAAUAUUGUGGCGGUGCACAAGAACUUGAGCUCCGAUCCGACCAGGAAGGCGAGGUUUGAGUCGUUCAAGAUUUUCUCUCAGGCGGUGGCAAGUAAGUGCGGCGGCAACGCCAAUGUUAAGUACGCUUGGUAUGGCGGAUCGAAGCAGGAGCUUUGUGAUGUUUUGGUCCAUGGUUUCAAUCGGUGCAGAGAGCCUGUCCCAAAUGAAGUGUCAUACGGUGUCGGUGUUCAUAUGAUUCCUGCCAAAUUUACAUGUGAUGGAGCAUUGUCGUCGGCUGUGGAUGAAAGUGGGCUGAAGCACAUCUUGCUGUGCCGUGUGAUAUUGGGGAAGGCGGAAAUGGUGGCGCCGGGCUCUAAGCAAUCUCAACCGAGCUGCAAGGAGGUGGACACUGGAGUGGAUAAUCUGGUAAAUCCGAGAAGAUAUGUUGUUUGGAGUGCUAUCAUGAACUCUCACAUUUAUCCUUGCUAUGUAGUCAGCUUCAAGGCUCCUAACACUCUCCCUAAUGUUGUUUCAGGUGUUCCAACUGCGCAGCAGAGUGCUUUGAGACAACCCCCCACAUCUCCAUGGAUGAGCUUCCCUGCUCUGAUGUCCAUUCUCUCGAAGUUCUUGCCUCCUCAGAAAAUGCAAUUGCUUGUUGCUUGUCACAAUGAAUUCAGAGCGAACAAGGUAACGCGCCCGCAGCUGAUACAGAGGGUGAGGCAGAUUGCCGGUGACAGGCUGUUGAUUGGAGUGAUCAAAUCUGUCAAGAGGCAGAUUGGUGCCAGGGCAAAUGCAUAACGUUGUUUGGUGAGCAAUCCUUAGGGCCUUACUUUCGGAUACACAGAUUUAGAGACGAUUUAGACAGACAGUCAACCAAAGGUUUUUGUUUGCUUCAUUGUAUCAAUUCCCAUUGAUAUGCAGUGUAACGAAAUCGAAAUCGAAAUAUACAGAUUGGUUCUCAAAAAUGGUGGUUUCUGGUUG